UCUUGAACCACCAUUAAUAGAUUACACUUUACACUUUACAGAAGAAAAAAAAAAAAAAAAAAAAAAAAAAGGAUUAAUUGGAUAAAUAAAAUUAAGAAAGCUAUUUCGGAACAGAAAUCAUUACCUUUCCUUUCUCGGACUGAAAGUUGAAAUUCUCUCUGCUCAUUCUCCAAUCUCUUCGCUUCCUUCCACACAAAUCAAUGUCGGAAUCGAUGACCUGCUGCAGGUGCUGCGUCAGCUUCAUCCUCUCGGUUGGACUGACCGCUUUCUUCCUCUGGCUGAGCCUCCGUCCUACCCCACCCACCUUUUCCAUCCAAACCUUAUCUGUUCCUGCCCUAAACACUUCCGCCAAAUCCACCACCACUGCCAACGUUUCCAUCGAUUUCAGAAUCCAAAACUCCAACAAAUUCAAGGGAAUUUACUACGAUACCCUCAACAACACUCUCUAUUACUCCCCAAACCUAACCUUCCCCAUUGGGAACACUUCAAUACUUGGGUUCUAUCAGGGGCAUAAGAAGAAGACCACCAAGGAAGCAACCCUUCAGAAGCUGAAGAUUCCUUGGGGAUCGGCGGUGAAGACCGUUUCGUCAAACGGGACGGUGGGUUUCAGGGUGGAUUUGGCGACGACAGUGAGGUAUAAGGUCGUUGGGAGGAAGACCGGACGGCACCAAAUAAGGGUUCAUGGUGAUGUGAUCAUCGACAAACAGGGCAAGCAAACCAACAAGAAAUCGAUUAAGCUGAAAUCGGCCGCGCCCACCGGCAUUGGUUCUUCAGGGUUAUGGCCUCACUCUUUGUUUUGUUGAUUUCAGAUCCUUUUCAAUUACUAUAGUGGUUACUGAUCUCCAUGGACACUGCUUGGAGGAUGACCCAUUUCUUAUAUUUAUUUUUACAUGAACAGUACUGUAAGAAAAGAAUUUCUUCUGAAUCCAUCCAAAUCAAUGAAAACAUUUUUUUUUCUCUUAAA